GUUGGUGUGUAGGAAGCUGCGCGUGUCUGUCUGCAGGAGCUCACAGCUGCAGGAUCACUGAAUGAGACCAAAUCCAGAGACUACCUCUCAGAGCAGCGGCUGCAAACUGACCCGGAAAAUUCACCCAUAAAACUGGGCGUCCGUCCAGCUCUCCGGCCUCCACCAUGAUGAAGGAAUGUCUGCAGUUCCUUAUCGAGCCGGCCAAGAAGCUCAAGACCCGCCUCAAGGAGUCUCGUAAGCGAGUGAAGCUGGAGAAGAAGGAGCCGCUGGUGGAGAGUCAGCUGUUCAUCAUGGAGUUAGCCCGGGAACUCAACAAAAUCUGCCAGAGGUCGAGCAUCCUCAGCCACAUCUGGACCAGUGAGGACGUCUGGCCGGCCGCAGUGUGUCGGGAUUUUAUCGUGGAGUGGGCGGCCGAGCUGGAGCAGAGAGUGCAGCCGAGGCUCAUCCCGUCUGUAAACCAGUAUGAGAAACCGGAGAAGAAGGACUGGAAAGGACACCUCCUGUGCAUGCUGGAGGCCGGGGGGGAGGGCGACAUGGGGCCCCACAAACGAGUCAUCAUGGACUGGACUCGGGAGAUCAGAAGCAGACCUCAGCAGAACACCGUCUGGCCGGGCGAGCCGGUGCUCAUGGUGCUGGACGACCUGGAGCUCCAGUGGAAGAGGGGCCGCCUCCCCAACCUGCUGCCCGCCAUGGAGCUCGUUAUCCUGGCCGUGAUGAACGCAGACAGACCCCUCAAGGAGGACGUGACUAAGCAGUGGCUGGUGAGGAAGCAGCGCAGCCAGAAGAUAGACGCUGCACGAUACAUCCCCCACAGCGUGUGGAACUGGAUUUGUGACGCUGCCGAGGAAGUGAAGCUGGACUCGGACUCGGCGAACCCGGACCUAAUCAUCUCCGGCGACGAUAAGCAGAUGCGUUGCGGCCUCGAGCAUCGGGACGUCCCGCGGUGCCAGCGGCGCUUCAACGGCUGGUGGUGCGCAGCGGGCCAGGAGGGCUUCACCUCCGGACGCCAUUACUGGGAGGUGGAGGUCGGGCAGCGGGACUGGAGGCUCGGCGUGGCGAAGGCGUCCGCGGUGAGGCAGGGCUACCGAUCGCUCACCACAGACUCGGGAUACUUAACCCUCCGUCUGGAGAGGGGUUCGGAUCUGAAGGCUCUGACGGUGCCCGCCACGCCGCUGACCCGCAGCCGGGUGCCCAGGAAGGUGGGCGUUUACCUGGACUACGAGCUGGGCCAGCUGUCCUUCUAUGACGUGGAGAAACGCUCGCACCUCUACACCUUCAACGACACGUUCACGGAGAAACUGUUCCCGGUGUUCGGGACGGUGGAGGUGGUCAACGAUCUGGUGAUCCGGCCGGCGGACGUCAGGCAGCCGUGCCUCUGCACCGGGCCCUGCCUCUGGACCUGAACCACCAACACUUGUGCUUGGAUUCUGCUGCUGGCGAAUCUGAAUCUUGUGCGCUGGUUUGGGACUCAAGGAGCGUUCACACCGGACGCAAAGGGAAGAGUUGCAUCGCUUUGCUCGCGCGAGUUUGACCUGCAGCGUUUUGUGUUCGUGAAAUCAACAUAUUCACAACACAACGUUCACGGAGGACCUGACCUGCAACCACUUCUAAAUCUUCUGUGCUUUUAUCUGCUGCGAGCGAAUACACAUUUUGUGCGCUGGUUUCGGAUUGUUCAGCCACUGAGACGCCUUUAAACACACAGCUCAAUGUUUUAUCUUUCCAUGUAUUUUACUGACAGCUGUGAUGACUUGUUUGGCUUCCGAUGGUAUGAUGUUGUGUGACUGGUGUUUAUUCAAAAUGAAUUCAAAACGACCCACACACAUUACACGAAUAGAAAACUCAAAUAAAAUCAACAACUUAGUCUUUUGCAUUGUUGCCACAACAAAUGCUACUUGACUUUCAACACCAUAACUCUGAAAACACACACGUUUUUCUACAGUAUCGCAGGUGCUGUAGUUCCCAUUAAUACCGUCACAGCUCGAGACUCCCUGGUGAUGCGAAGCGUGUUUUAGGGCUCAGUAAACUCACCUUUGACGCAUCUUAGCGACACGCGAGGUGUUAGCAGUCGAUGGAUAGCAUAGUGUUGCUUUGCUUAAUUAGGGAGCCCCUAAAAAACAGCCAGGUAUAGACCUGGAGAGACAUGUGUUUGUCCAAUAAGUCUUGAAAAAGGUUGAGUUCUUGACCUGCGAGGAUAGUAAAACUUUUCUUUCCAUUUUCAGUGAAAACCUAACACCAAGUCUGUAGUUGCAAGGUCUUUAUGCCACUUAUGUAUUAUUAAUUGCUUUUUAAAAUGACUAGAAAAACUUCACAAAUGUUAUAAAGCAUGAAGUCAGUGUGCAGGCAGCUACUGAAGAGCCUCAGUGCAGAUAUACAGACGCAGCUGUGUUGAGUUUAUACCUGCAACAUCAAUACAUUAACGACCCCUCCAACUUGUCUUCGUCACAGGAAUAGAGAAACACUGGAAUGUAUUUGUUUUAAAUCUUUAUUUUUUGCAAUAGAAUACAAAAGAAGUGCUCAACUGUUUAAAGGUAAGUCAUGCAUGUUGUUAAAUGAAACUGAGUGUUUUUGGUGAAUGUUCAAACACGUGUCCACAUCAAGUUUUCUUACUGAAAACCCCUCUCAAAAUAUGUUUACAGAAUCCCUUUCAACCAUCAAUGUGAAGCCAAAAUACAGUAGGAGUUGCGUUGAAGCACAUACAAUCUUUCCGUCUUUACAUACCAUGUCUCUUAAAUUCCUUAAAAGUUUAUCUAUUUAAAAUGCAAAAAUACAAAAAGCCUUGCAGAGUAAGAACGCAUAUCCACUUAAAGCAGUACCACAUUUUCUAAGUAUAAAACAUCUUUAAAAAAGGUUUUUGAUCAUGUGUGAGUAUUGUAAAAUCAUGCGUGUCAGUAGGAAAUGUGCAUAUAAAACUCAAUAUUUGGCAUUACAUUUAAUGUCAGUCUGCUUAAAGGUAUCAUUUAUUACAUUGCUGCAUUAAAAUGUUUAAAGACCACUGGACCUGUGUUUGUUUUUCAAGAAAUUGGGCAUUUUAAUGAAGGUAUCUGUGUUUCCUCUCCCCUUUGAGCACGAGUCUGCAUUGUUUACCAGAAGCUGUCAUACAUUGACUU